CAAUGUUGUGUAUAAAAAAGGUUUUUCGGUACAUUUCAUGUCAGUUAUUCUGGAAGUAAAACGCUAAAAAACAUCAAAAAAUAAUCAUGAAGUGGUUUAGCCUUUUCUUUGCUAUUCUAUUGGCUGUUGUCGUUUCAUCAAAGGAAUUGACGAAAGAAGAAAUUUGCGCAUUGCCAUCAGAAGCUGGACCAUGUAGAGCAGAGAUCACAACGUAUUUCCAUAAUGCAGCGACUGACAAAUGUGAGACAUUUUUGUUCGGCGGUUGUGGCGGAAAUCAAAAUAAAUUCGACACCGAGGCCGAAUGCCAAGAAUUUUGCAAAGACAUCAAAUAUCUUAUGAAAUCACACGACACACUGAUUGAAAUUACAAUAAGUGUGAAUCGCGACAAGCAAAACUGCAACAAGGAGGUUUGCGCAUUGCCUUCCUUAGAUGGAGAUGGACGUAUUGCGUGUGCAGCUUAUAUUCCAAGUUGGUUCCACAAUUCAAAGACAGGACAAUGUGAAAAGUUCAUCUAUGGCGGGUGCGGAGGCAAUGCAAAUAGAUUCAACUCUGAACAGGAAUGCAACCAAUAUUGCAAAAGUAGAACAAACUAAGAAAAACACUAAAGAAAUUGCAUUCAAGGCUAAACGUUUUAGUCAGCGAUAUUUUCAAUUAUAUUUCAUUAUAAUAACGUUGAGAGUUUUAGGUAGCAUCCAAAAAAAAUCAAAUAAAUUUGCAUUAUACUUUCCAUAGAACAAUAUUCAUUAAAAAUUCAUUAAAUGAUUAUCUUUUUGGUGCAGAAGCUCAAA